GACGCCAAGGCAGCGGUGGUGCUGGAGGCGGCGCUGGCCACGCUGCUGGCCGUGGUGGCGCGGCUUGGGUCCCACGCGGCGCACGGGCCCGCGGACCCGGUGCUGCUGCAGACCCAGGUGCAGGAGAGCUUCGGCUCCCUGCGGCGCUGCUACGCGCGGGGCGCAGGGCCGCACCCCCGCCAGGCCUCCUUCCAGGGCCUCUUUCUGCUCUAUAACCUGGGCUCUGUGGAAGCCCUGCAUGAGGUUUUGCAGCUGCCCGCUGCCCUGCGCGCCUGCCCGCCCCUGCGCACAGCCCUGGCAGUCGAUGCCGCCUUCCGGGAGGGCAACGCUGCCCGCCUGUUCCGCCUGCUCCGGACCCUGCCCUACCUGCAGAGCUGCGCCGUGCAGGGCCACGUGGGCCGUGCCCGCCGCGGAGCCCUGGCCCGCCUCGCUCGUGCCCUGGGCACCCCCAAGGGGCAGACCUUGCCUCUGGACUUCAUGGUCCGCCUGCUGGCCCUGGAUGGACCCAGUGAAGCACGGGACCUGUGCCAGGCCCACCGGCUGCCCUUGGAUGGAGAGGAGAGAGUUGUGUUCCUGAGAGGUCGCUAUGCUGAGGAAGGGCUGCCACCUCCCAGCACCUGCAACGUGUUGGUGGGGAGCAAACUUAGAGGGCGCACCCUAGAGGCGGUGGUCAUGGCAGAGGAGGAAGAUGAGGGUGUGGACAGACCCAGGACCCCCUCAUGAGGAGAGAGUGUGCUGUCUCCCAGAGCCCCAGGACUGGGUCAGAGUACUUAGGUUUCUUUUUUCAUGAUUCCCAGAGAAUAAACAGAACUUGUUUUGUAGGGA